AGCUCAGCGAUUGAGAGAAGACCAGAGCCACAUCAUCUACUGACAAAGCGAAGACACUGAUUGUGGAAGGUAGUGAGUAAGAAAAAUGUCUGUACUUGAGUUUGAAGAGAAUGCGACCCAUACAGGUCCAAAAGGAGUGAUCAAUGACUGGCGACGGUUUAAACUGGAAAGUAUGGACAGAGAAAACCUGCCACGCAAAAGAGAAAUGCUAAGACAGAUGUCUUCUCCAAACAAGCUAAAAGAUGACUCCAUAGCAAAUAUUAACCGUAAGAUGAGUGUCCAAGAAUAUGAACUGCUGAAGGAGGAGGAUGAGGGAUGUCUUAAGCUCUACAGAAAGCAAUGCAUGCAGGAGAUGCACGAUAAGCUCAGCUUUGGGCCCAGAUUUGAAGGUGUGCAUGACCUGGACAGCGGGGAAGCCUUCCUGGAGGUCAUCGAGAAGGAGCAUCACAGCACUGUGGUUGUUGUCCACAUCUACAAACAUGGUGUCAAAGGUUGUGAGGAGCUGAACAACUGCCUGAACUGUCUGGCUACUGAGUACCCAACUGUAAAGUUCUGCAGGAUCGAUGCUGUUGAAUCUGGUGCAGCCAAACGCUUCUCAGAUGACAUUUUGCCCGCGUUGCUGGUAUACAAGGCUGGAGAACUGCUUGGGAACUUCCUUGCGUGCAAUCAGCACUUAAACGAGGAGUUCUUUGCCACGGAUGUGGAGGCUUUUCUCAACAGUUAUGGCUUGCUACCUGAGAAAGAGCUGCCAGGCCUGGCUGAUGAUGAAGAGAACGACAUUGAGUGA